AUGCCUUAUGAUGAAGGCUGUAAUGGAAGUGUAUCGCAUUUUCAAUUCCCCUGCGUGGUUUGGGAUCAAAGUUAUUCGCCCUUUAAUAUCAACAUUCUGGACAAAGCUGGAAGGACUGCUUGCUUAGAGACAGUCGGUCGGAAUAACAAGUCUUCAGAUAGUUACUUUAUCUCUAAUAAAUCAGAAGUUUUACGUGAGCCUCACACAUUGAGAUGGACAGCUGGCGUCACGCUGGCUUCAAAGUCAAGCCAUACCGAUUCUAUUCGUAAGGAGGUUUUGUUCAUUCUUAAUAAGCUUACUGCUGAAAAUUUCGAACAACAAGGUGACAAACUUCUUAGCUUAGAUAUCACUUCAACUUCCCUUCAUGUCAUUGCUCAAUUAAUUUAUCAAAAAGCCAUCAAUGAACCAAAAUUUACUUCUUUGUACGCCCAAUUGUGUUUAAAACUAUGCAGUAGUGUCCCUAAUUUCGAGGCAGGGGGUUCUCAAUCGACUUUUCAGAUAUUCCUAAUUAAGUGUUGUGAAGAUGAGUUCAAAGCCAGAGAUGUUUGUGAUGACCAGAUUUCACGUCAGAAGUGUUUGGGGAAUCUACGCUUCAUCGCUGAACUUGGGAUUUAUGGUGUUGUGUCGGAAAAAGUUCUUCAUAACUGUGUUCAGGAACUUCUUUCCAGGAAAGGUCAACCUUACUCAGUCAAUGAUUCGGAGGUACAUACAUCUGCGCAGGAAAAAGACAGAACAGCCCAUACAAUUCGGGAGCGCUCUCUGUCCGCCGACUUGGAAUGUCUUUGUCAGUUCUUGACUGCUGUUGGGAAGCACAUGGACACACCGAAAGCAAAAAACUUAAUGGAUCAAUAUUUUCAUCGAUUGCGUCGUAUAUUAUCACGCGCCUACGAAUCAAAUGGAUUAACAUCCAACAAAAAUGAGAGUAUGUCUACGGAAGGAAAAAUCUUUAAGUCGUCUUCGAAAGCGAAUGACAACUGUAUCUUAUCUUCUAGAGUGCGGUUCAUGGUCGAAGAUUUGAUAGACCUAAGGGAAAACAAUUGGAUUCCACGUCGAGCUGGUCAGCGUACAGAAACAAACAAGCCACGUUUCCUUCGAGAUAUUCGCUUGGAGAUAUUAAAAGAAUCUGGAGUCCUUGUUGCCCCAACUCCAAGUGAACGCUCUGUCACACAACCAGAUGUGCCUGGGAGUGCUUUUAUGGGUCACUCAUCAGCUUCAAGUAACUCUUCAGUGAAUGGUGAAUUUCCUUUCGUCGGUGGUCUGAGCUCUAGUUCAUCGAAAAAUAAUGGUGGACUUAAUACUGGUGAAGCUAAAAGUUGGAUGGAGUUGGCGCGAAUGGGUGAAGAACUCUGUCGUCAAAGUCCUCGUGAUUUCUGUUUGUUAGAUAACAGAAAUCGUAUUGGAGAGAGCCCCAUUAGUCAAUAUCACGGACGUCCACAGGCUGGUAUUGCCACAUCUAAUCGACGCUUUUUGUCUAGCAAAAAUGAUUUAUCCCAUUCAAACAAUAUUCCUCACCAAGGCUCAAAACCAAACAACACUGACAGCUGGACCAAAAAAACGGAGAAAAUUGAAGUCAGUAGCGAUGUAGGGUGGGUACGAGGUGUCAACCCAAAACUACGGAACUCCGUUAUUACUCUGAGUAACGGCAUAUCAACAACUAAUUCUAAUUUACCUCCUCGAAUGCUAAGAAAACUGGCCGCGGAAGCUGCUGGAAAUUCACAAGUUAAUUCUACAUCAAACGCUUUUAACGAAACAAAACAGCCUGCCAUUUCGGAAGUACAGAGUUUCCAUGCAAAAUCUACUGAUAAUAUAACAUCCAUUUCCAAAGUCAGUCCAUCCUGCACUACGUCUUUUAUCCAUUUGAUUGGGCAAGUCAGCUCCUCUGAUCCUUUUGAGCCUGCAUACUUGCAAAAAGAAAGGUUAUCGGUCAAUGGCGGAGAUGUAGUCAGUACCCAAAAACCUGUUUGGUCUUAUCCUAAAUGUGUUCCAAACACGGCGAUUUAUGGUAGUUCAAAUCCAACUCUUCCGUCUAAACCACAAUCUGCUAUUUCACGUCCUCCACACUUUAUAAACCAGCCGAAUUUCCCGGAUAUUCAAGCAUUAGCAGUUCAGAAACCAUGUAAUCGUAAAGUUGACCAGGCUAGGUUAUCUCAUUCGAACAACAUGGUCCAGCCAUCAAAUAAUCUUGCUGAAAACAAUUACAAUACCGCACCCGCUGUUGAUGAAAACAAGAAAAUCGCCCUUAGAUUACUCACUUUAUUGGGGGAUUCUCGUGAUCCUAUCCUAGUUAAAAACCAAUUGAAUUCGUCGGAUUUCAAUCGAAUAACAACCGAAGUUCUUGCCGUUGCUGUUUUACAUUUAUGUGAAGAAGGUACCAAUCUUAAGUUGGCGGAGGCGGAACCAUGUGAAUUAGCUGCAAUAUUAGUAGCAUGUGCUGAAAACUUUUUGCAUCGCGAUGCGUCUACGUCAUCCAUUACAUCUAAGGAUAAUCGCAAAAUGAAACACACAAAAUUGUCAUGUCAUCCUUUAUCUCUCGUAUGGUCAAACCUCCUUAGCAAAACUUUAUGUGUGACACAGUUAACCUACUCCAAGUCCAAACUAGCAUUUUUAUCAGCUGCUUUAAUUUGGAGUCGUCAUAUUAGUCUGUCUAACUUUGGUGAGCCUUUACGUGGGGGUAAACAUCAUCCCUUGUUUUUACUCGUUCUACAACGGUUAUCACAAAUUAUUAGUGAAGAUGGAAGCGGCACAAUUUGUACAUCUGGAGCAGGAUUGAGUGACAGACGUUCCUUGCUCAUUCAAUUAUUUCAAGAGAGUGAAUUGCAAAUGAAUCAAAUGGUCCCAGAAGGGAGUCAAACAAACAAAGCUUUGUUGUCUUUGCUGGAAGAACGUAAUUUAGAUUUUCUCGUCCCAAGCUUACGAUUGUCGACGGAACUAUCUCAUCUUAUUAUGGAUACUUCAUCUUUAGAAGGAAAGUGUCCAGAAGAGUUUGACAAAAUCACAGCUUCUAAAUUCAAUGAUUACCUUUCAAACCAUCCAAUUGAUGCCAGGAUACGAGCAUCAGACUACAUUCAUGCUUGCUUGCCGGUCAUUUAUGAAUAUAUUUAUAGAAUAGGAAUUGUUGAUCUUGGCAGUUUGUCUUCUCCCCCCACUUUAAUGGCUAGAGAAAAAGCUGCGUGGGAGUGCAUAGUACCUCAUGUACUUAUCGAAGUUUUAAGAAGCUCAACAGACCGACAGUUGGAUGCUCUUCAUGACCUGCAGUUCUUCUGGGUUGAUAAAAAUAUGCCUAAAGGGUUUUUGUUUCGUUGUUUUAUGAACCUUUAUAAUUGUGAGCUUAUAUGUGAAGAUGCAUUUUUAUCAUGGAAAGAAGAAGUGAAUCCCAGUUAUCCUGCUAAAGGCCAAGCAUUAUUUGAGGUCAAUCGCUGGUUAACCUGGUUAGAAACAGCAGAGGAAGAAGACGAAGAAGACCGAUGUAAAUCUGAUGCGAAUGAAGAUCAUGCAAAAAUAGUUCAAGAAAGUUCAGUGGAUUCGGAAAACUCAGAAGCUUCUAAAUCUCCCAACCAUUUUACUGAUAUUGAGUCUCAUAUUAUGCCGCCAGCCCUGCAUCCCAAUUCAGCAGUUUUGCGUUCCUGA